CUCCCUUGGCCAUGCGCGGGGCCGCCGUGUGGGGCGCCCGCGCUGGGGCGCGCCCGGGCUGGGGGGCGAUCUGGGGGCCCCCUCUCUUCCUGGGGCUGCUGCUGCUGCUGCAGGCGGGAAGGCCGGCCAGCUCCGUCAGCCCCGCGGCGGGGACAGCUCCUCUUCGCUUCAACGUGAGCCUAGACGAGGCGGCCACCCAGCGCUGGCUGCCCGUGCUGCGGCACUUCGACCCCAACUUCCUGCGGACAGCCUUGGCCACCGUCAUCGGGGAAACCGUCCCUAGCUGGGUUCAUGAUGUGCUCAGACCAGUGGCCUUAGAGUUGGAUAAGUUCUUGCCUCAGCCCUUUGAAAGCGAGAUUAGGGGAAUGUGCAAUAUACUGGGCCUAAAUAUUGGAGACUGCGUCCUCAUCAAUCUUGCCUAUGAGUUCAGUGCAUUCUGCACCAGCAUCAUUGCCCAAGAUGUCCGUGGCAACAUUUACCACGGUCGGAACUUGGAUUAUGCAUUUGGAAAUCUUUUGAGAAAGUUGACAAUCGACGUGCAGUACAUAAAGAAUGGGCAGAUUGCAUACACAGGAACUACAUUCGUUGGUUAUGUGGGUUUAUGGACUGGACAAAGUCCAAAAAAGUUUACAAUUUCUGGUGAUGAGCGAGAUAAAGGUUUUUGGUGGGAGAAUGCAGUGGCAGCUCUUCUCAAAAAAAAUUGUCCUGUGAGCUGGCUCAUCAGGAAUACCCUGGAAGAAGCCGAGAACUUUCAAGCUGCUGUGAUCAAACUGGCCAAGACACCCAUUGUGACAGAUGUUUACUAUAUUGUUGGAGGCGUGUCCCCCAAGGAGGGGGUGGUCAUCACAAGAAAUAGGGGUGGUCCUGCAGACAUCUGGCCUCUUGAUCCCACAAAUGGACAGUGGUUCCUAGUUGAGACAAAUUAUGAUCACUGGAAACCAACUCCCAAAGGGGAUGAUCGAAGAACACCUGCCAUCAAGGCCCUUAACGCAACUGGACAGGAACAUAUCAACUUUGAUACACUUUUUAAGGUUUUAUCAGUGGUUCCAGUUCUGAACCAUUUAACAAUUUAUACAACAGUAAUGAGCGCUGCAAAGCCAGACAACUACACAACUCAGAUCAGAAACUGAGGGCGAAAGACGUGAAAAGAAAAAGAUGGAUUUUCCAAGCACUGCAAUGAAAAAAACCCAAGUGAAUGUACUGUAAUCUCUUUUGAAGACAUCUACUUUAUACCGUGCUACCGUAUCCAAGUGGAACCCUAUAAAACCAGUUUUAGUAAGGAAGAUGAUGACAGCUGCUGCCCAAAGGGGUUAAAUUUUUCAACCUCAUUCACAACUGAUAUUCAGAAUCUUCCCUGAUUUUAUUUAUCCUAAUCUGAAUAUCCUAAAAAGACAGGUGCUGUUGGCUCUGUCUAUUAAAAAAUGUAUACUAUUAAUAAAUACAUAACGGUCCACCUCUCCAUGCCCCAGGCUAUCCCCCUGUGAAGUGAACUGGUGAAGAUAAAGAACUAUUGUGAAGUGUUUAGGGAAGAAAUAGAAUUCUAACAGAUACACAUAUUGAGCCUAUAUGAUGCCUUCCAUUUUGGAUAAUGAAAGCGUGAUUUUUAUUAUAUUUUUCUAUGCAACUAGUAUUUCUGAUCUUUUAUGAAGUUUCUGUUUAAAAUUUCUACUAGACUUGAGUCAGUUAAAAAAAAACUAACCUAUUUUCUUAUUGUUUCUAAAUAGUAAUCCACCAUCCCAGUCAUCACUAUGAUUAUGUCAAUUGCUGGGCUAGGCAACAAAUUGUUAAACAAUUUCGAACAAUUGAAUAAAAACUUUAUAAAGAUAUUG